GAUCAUCGAACCACUGCAAUCUCGAUGUGCCAAGUUCCGAUUCGAACCACUUUCGGAUGAAUCCCAAAGAGGCCGAUUGGAAUACAUCGCGAAAUGCGAAGGAGUGAAAAUGGCCAACGGCGCUAUGGAGGCGCUUCUGGGCACUUCGAACGGGGAUCUCAGAUCUGCCAUCAACACACUGCAAAUGGUAUCUUCGUGUUUGUCUAAUGACGAAGCAAUCACUGUUGAAGAGAUUUUAGAAGCUAGUGGGUCGGUGCCACUCGAGGUCUCAGCUAAGCUCAUGAAUGGUUUGAAGGAUAUAAGUCCUGGGAAAAAUGCAUGGUCGACUUUGGUCGAUUUGUGCGAUGUGUUGGUGUUACGCGAGGGGUACAACUGCAUGCAACUUGUGGAACAAAUUGUUAUGAGAGUCGCUGAGGAUUCUCAGCUAAGUGAUAUGCAAAAGGCGAAAAUGUUGAGAUGGUUAGCGGCAGAGGAUUAUAGGCUGAGAUCAGGUUGUGAUGAGAGAAUUGGACUUAUUAAUUUGAGUGUCCAACUGAGGGACAUCUUGCUACAUCCCGGGAAGGAAGAUCGAGGAGUUAGACCGGAAGAUGCAUAUCUCUGCGGUUGAGGGCAUUGGUAUUGGUAAAUAUGCAUGAUGUAAUAAUUAUCACUUAGUGGUUUCGA